UUCAAUAUACUUAUUUGUCAUCACACUAUUUUAUGGAUUCUUGUUAACAAGAUGAAGGAAAGCAACGAGUUAUUUCAGGCCUUGACAAAAGUUGUGAGAUAUUUGUCUUUUGACAAGAAUGUAAGAGAAGAAACCCAGUUUUUAAGAAAAGUUUGUGAGGGACAAGUCGAAGAUGGUGCUCGAGGACUGGAGUUUGGUUCUUCGGUGUCAAGUGAGACGUUCUGUCACUUAGUGAAGGACUGGAAAACUUUGGUGAAAGCAGUACAAGAAUAUCAAGAGGUGUUGAAAGCCAACAAUAUAGGAGUGGAAAAUAACGAACGCCAAAGAAUAGAACAAAGUGCACGAAGAGUUGGACUCGAGGUUCCGAUUGGGUUUGACAAUGACAAAGAAAGUGACUUCAAAAAGGACUGAAAAUUUCAAUGUUUUGGAUUUAUUUCGCA